AUGGAAUCGCUCUCAAGUAAUUCCUCGAUCCCUUCUUUCAGUAGUCUAACUUGGAAGUUUGUGGGUAGCAGAUCAGGCAUUAAAAAUUCUAAUCUCUUUAUCCAGAGAAGAUCUGGAAUUUUAUUUUCUGGGACAAAACUCUCUUGCUCUUUACGAAUAUCCAAUCAAAACAGUGAUACAACCAAAAAUCUCUAUCAGAAAGAAGGCCUUAAAUUACUGGGUUUUCUCCAAGAAAUCCGAAACUUAUCUGCUCCUAAUGCUGCAGCAGAUAAUGGCCAUUACCAUGCGACUAAUGGAAGUGCGGGGCUACGAACUAUCCCACGGAAAUCUGACGAGGUAUCAAAGAUCUGGAUUCCAGGCUUGCCCAAUGAAUCUGAUGGUAGUUAUGGUUCUCCAAGUAAUUGCGGUUUUUGGGAAUGGAAACCAAAUUUAUCAGUUCAUUAUGAAAAAUCCGGGGUCGAAAGUGUUGUUGCACCAAUUGUUCUAUUUAUUCCCGGUUUUGGGGUUGGGACUUUUGAUUAUGAGACGCAAUUGAAAGAUCUCGGCCGUGAGUAUAAGGUUUGGACCUUGGAUUUCUUAGGACAAGGAAUGUCGUUGCCUUCAGAAGAUCCUACUCCAUUGAAUAUGCAGAGAAGCAGUUCCGUAGAAAGAGAGAUGGUGUGGGGGUUUGGAGAUGAAUCUCAGCCGUGGGCGAAUGAGUUGGCUUAUUCCAUUGAUUUGUGGCAAGAGCAAGUUCAGGAUUUUGUUGAGCAGGUACUCUUUGCUAAUUGCAGGGAUUAUAUAAAUAUAGAGCUCACACGUACAUCGCAAGCCAAUAUUUCUCUAACAGGAUAUGGCUGA